ACAAACUGCUUCCCUCCCUUUACGACGACUCUUUUCUUUUUGUCUGUCUUUCAUUACCGGAAAAGGACAUGCCAACAACGUAUUCCGGUGACUGUCUCAACGGAAGUUUGGGAUGUCAACAGCGAACGAGCCACUCUUGGGUGGCGCCAUGCGUUCUGAUGGCACAUUGCUGGAGCAAUCUUAUUCCUUUAGGCAGUUUCCUGAACUAGGUUGGAUUUUUUAUGAACUGCCAAAGGCAACUAUUCUUUCGGUUUCGAAACCUGAGACUGGUGAUCUCAGCCCGAUGUUAUUCUCUUACACCAUUGAAUUACAGUACAAGCAGUUCAAGUGGCGCUUAGUGAAGAAAACUUCUCAAGUUCUAUAUUUACAUUUUGCUUUGAAAAGACGUGCAAUUAUUGAGGAAUUUCAUGAGAAACAAGAGCAGGUUAAGGAAUGGCUUCACAGCUUAGAAAUAGUAGAUCAUCAUGUAGCAGUUGUGCAGGAUGCUGACGAACCUGAUGAUGGUGCUGUUCCUUUGCAUCAAGAAGAAAGUCUUAGAAACAGAAAUGUCCCAUCCAUUGCUGCUUUGCCGAUUCUCCGUCCAGCUCUAGGAGGGCAGCAGGCCAUUUCAGACAGAGCAAAAGUGGCCAUGCAGAAUUAUCUGAGUCAUUUCUUAGGCAACAUGGAUAUUGUAAAUUCUCGAGAGGUCUGCAAAUUUCUGGAGGUCUCUAAGUUGUCAUUUUCACUCGAAUAUGGUUCAAAACUUAAAGAAGGUUAUGUGAUGGUGAAGCAUCUUUCAAACAUUUUCCGGAGUGAUGCUGAUAUAAGUUGCUUUCCGUGUCAGUUGUUUGACUGUUGUAAUAACAAUUGGUGCAAGGUCUGGGCUGUUUUGAAACCUGGGUUCUUGGCCUUGCUGGAAGAUCCUCUUGAUACCAAACUCUUAGAUAUUAUUGUUUUUGAUGUUCUACCAGCCUCAAAUGGUAAAGGAGGACCUGAAUUAUUUUUAGCAAGCCAGAUAAAAGAACGCAAUCCUUUACGUUACUCAUUUAAGGUUUCUUCUGGAAGUCAGAGCAUAAAAUUAAGAACUACAAGUAAUGGUAAAGUUAAAGAAUGGGUUGCUGCAAUCAAUGAUGCUGGUUUAAGGCCUCUUGAGGGUUGGUGUCAUCCUCGCCGGUUUGGUUCAUUUGCUCCUCCAAGGGGCUUAACUGAUGAUGGGAGUCAAGCACAAUGGUUUGUAGAUGGGCAAGCAGCUUUUGAAGCAAUUGCUGCUGCAAUAGAGAAUGCAAAAUCAGAGAUAUUCAUUACUGGCUGGUGGCUUUGCCCUGAACUUUAUUUAAGACGCCCUUUUGAUACUCAUUCUUUCUCCAGGCUUGAUUCUUUGUUAGAAGCUAAAGCUAAGAAGGGUGUUCAGAUUUAUAUUCUUCUCUACAAGGAGGUAGCUAUUGCUUUAAAAAUCAACAGUUUGUACAGUAAGAAAAGGCUCCUUAACAUUCAUGAAAAUGUGAGGGUAUUGCGCUAUCCUAAUCAUUUCUCUGCCGGCGUUUACUUAUGGUCGCAUCAUGAAAAACUUGUAAUUGUUGACUACCAGAUUUGUUUUAUGGGAGGAUUAGAUUUAUGCUUUGGUCGUUACGAUACCAUUGAACACAUAGUUGGUGAUUGUCCUCCUCAUAUAUGGCCUGGCAAGGACUAUUAUAACCCGAGAGAAUCUGAACCAAAUUCUUGGGAGGACACUAUGAAAGAUGAAUUGCAUCGAGGGAAAUAUCCACGUAUGCCAUGGCAUGAUGUCCAUUGUGCUCUUUGGGGACCCGCUUGCCGUGAUGUUGCUAGGCACUUUGUUCAACGGUGGAACCAUGCUAAGAGAAGCAAAGCUCCAAAUGAGCAAACAAUUCCAUUGUUGAUGCCUCACCACCACAUGGUCCUUCCUCAUUACAUGGGAAGAAGUAAAGAGAUAGACAUUGAAAGAAAUAAUGCAGAAGAAAACCAGAAAGACAUUGCAAGACAGGAUUCUUUCUCUCUAUCCCCAUUGCAAGAUGUACCAUUGCUAUUGCCUCAGGAAGCUGAUGCACCAGUUCUUUCUACUGUAGAUCAAAAAGUAAUUGCUGAAUACAGGAAUAGCAAUCUUCCUGAUCAACCAACUAGAUCUUGUGAGAGUUUCUCAUUCUCCUUCCAGAAAUCCAAAGUUGAAGGUUCAGUUCCAGAAACACCAUUUAAAGGUUGCGUUGAUGAGCUUGGUUUUUUGGAUCCUCAAAGCAGCUCUGAGAUCUCAGAUGAAUGGUCAGUAACAUCAGAGGAAGAUGAUCAUGAUGUUUCUGCUUGUGGACAAGUUGGGCCACGUACUGCAUGUCGCUGUCAGAUUAUCAGAAGUGUUAGUCAAUGGUCUGCCGGAGCCAGCCAAACCGAAGAAAGCAUUCAUAAUGCCUAUUGUUCUCUCAUUGAGAAAGCACAGCAUUUCAUCUACAUAGAGAACCAGUUUUUCAUAUCAGGUCUUUUCGGAGAUGAGAUUAUACAGAAUCGUGUCUUGAAUGUGUUAUACAAGCGUAUUCUGCAAGCCCACAAAGAACAGCAGUGUUUCCGUGUCAUCAUUGUUCUACCACUCUUACCAGGCUUCCAGGGAGGUCUAGACGAUGGUGGGGCAGCGACGGUUAGAGCCAUAAUGCAUUGGCAGUAUCGGACCAUUUCCAGAGAAAAGACUUCAAUAUUGGAUAAUCUCAAUACAUUGCUCGGUCCUCAAACACAGAAUUACAUUUCAUUUUAUGGUCUGAGGACAUAUGGUAGACUUUUCAAGGGUGGUCCUGUUGCCACAAGUCAGGUGUAUGUGCAUAGUAAAGUUAUGAUAGUAGAUGAUUGUGUUGCGGUGGUUGGAUCAUCUAAUAUUAAUGAUAGGAGUUUGCUUGGGUCAAGAGACUCAGAGAUCGGGGUGGUUAUCGAAGAUAAGGAGUUUGUUGACUCAUCCAUGAAUGGAGAGCCUUGGAAAGCUGGAAAAUUUACGUAUAGCCUCCGGUGCUCAUUGUGGUCAGAGCAUCUUGGUCUUAGUGCAGGAGAGAUCAAUAAAAUCAGUGAUCCUGUAGCAGAGACAACAUAUCGAGAUUUAUGGUUAGCAAUUGCAAAGGAAAAUACAAAGAUCUAUCAAGAUGUUUUUGCUUGUCUUCCAAGUGAACUCAUACAUUCAAGGGCGGCUUUGAGACAAAGCACCAACUAUUGGAAGGAGAAACUCGGUCACACCACCAUUGAUCUAGGAAUAGCUCCUGAGAAGCUAGAAUAUCAAGAGAAUGGAGAAACCAAGGAGAUAGGCCCAAUGGAGAAGCUAAAAUCAAUAAAGGGACAUCUUGUUUCUUUCCCUUUGCAGUUCAUGUGUCAAGAAAAUUUGAGACCAGUGUUCAAUGAGAGUGAGUUCUAUGCAUCCCCUCAUGUAUUCCAUUAGGUUUAAAGAAAAAAAAUACCGAACUAACAGAAAGAUUAACAUGCUAACAAAAGUAGAAGAUGUUUUAGUUGGCACCGAUCUAUUCUCUGUACGGGAAAAUAAUUGCUCAAAAGUAAACUAUUUUUGUAUGCACCUUCUAUUUGAAUGAAGGUUAGGGUUCUCUGUCGAA